GAAUGGGAGCUGGUGGUGCUGGGGAAGUUGAAGUGGAACCUCGCAGCCGUCACCCCGCACGAUUUCAUUGAACACAUCCUAAGGAAGCUGCCUCUACCUAAAGACAAGUUGCUUUUGAUCCGGAAGCAUGCACAAACGUUCAUUGCUCUUUGUGCCACAGAUUUUAACUUUGCCAUGUACCCACCGUCAAUGAUAGCAACUGGAAGUGUGGGAGCAGCCAUCUGUGGCCUUCAGCUUGAUGACGGGGACAGCCUCACGGACCUCCUGGCCAAGAUCACAAACACAGAUGUGGACUGCCUUAAAGCUUGUCAAGAACAGAUCGAGGCGGUGCUAGUAAACAACCUUAGGCAAGUCCGGCAGCAGCAACAGCAAAGCAAUCCUUCUAAGACGGUGGAUGAACUGGACCAGGCCAGCACUCCCACAGAUGUGAGAGAUAUCAACCUGUGAGGACAUCGGCACAGAAAGUCACGCUUGCUCCCCCAGCCCUUUUAUUUUUGUUAUUAUUUUUAGAGUGAUUUUUUUUUAAUCUGCUCCCACAUAGAAUGUAUUUAAAGCUCUUUUAGGGAAAAAAAAAAUACAAAAACUGAAUAAUGAAAAAAAAAAAGCAUUUGGUGCCUGUGAUGUUCUACAGAAGGGAAUCCCACAAUAUAUUUGGUAAUUGCUAUUUGAUUAUGUAUCAGUGAUAUUAAAUGCUUAUAAAAGCAUACAAAGUAGCUAGAUAAAUGUAAGCCUGCAUUUGUGGGAACAAAGUAGAGUAUACUUGUCUGUGUAUUAUGACCUAGUGCAUACACCCCUUUUUUAGAUUUAAGAAAGGAAUCGUGUGUGCGAUUUUAUGGCUUGACUAGAUUGCAAAGCAAUAGAAUAAGGGGUUUAGGGCAAAGUGGGAAAAGAUCCCUGAAGCAAUUGAACCAUUUUGAAUGCAGAAGAGAUUUGCUGAUCGGUCACCUCUGUUAUUAGUCAGAAGUGUUUGUUGGAUCUCUGUAUGUUAGUUUUGUUUACUCUUGCUGUCUGUGGUAGCUGCUACCUAAGAAAGAAGAUGCUUUAUUUUGCCAGCCGGAAGAG